ACAUUUAAUUUUAUAAAGGAAAUUAGAGUUUCUUUUUUUAUGCCAGGUUUAUCAGACUUUGCAUUAAGAUACGCUGCCUUAGUAAACUUUGUUUCUUACUCUCUGUGUUGUGUGCUUUUCUUUCUUAAUCAGGAUGCUAAAGGGUUGCUUAUUUUGUCUUUUGAAAUAUUCAGCUUUCAGUUUAAUUUAUCCUUUGCUUGCUUGCUUGCUUGAGUUUCUGUUUUGACGUUGUCCCUUUCUCUUCCCUAAGAUUUUCUCCCUACCUCAUUAUGAAAGUCUCAGCUCAAGUGCCUCAGAGAAAACUUUGCUGAUGACAUUUCAUGGCCACCGUCCCAUCCUAGGCCAUCCUAUUACGUUACCCUAUGUUGUGUUCUUGAUCACUUGUAUCUCUAUCUGAAAUUAUCCACUGAUUUUUAGAUUUUCAAACAGAUUUCAUUUGUUACAACCAUUUUCAAUUUAGAGGAAGAAAAUGAGAAGAUUCUAUAGGGUUACUGUAGACUUCACAUCUAGUUUCCUCUGUGAUUAACAGCUUAUGUUAAUUAGUAUGGUACAUUGGUCACAAUUAAUGACACGUUGUUAUUAAUUAAGAUCGUGCUUUAUUCACAUUUACUUACCUUUACCUAAUGGUCUUUUCCUGUUCCAAGAUGCCAUCUAGAAUCCAUUUACUUUUAGUUGUCAUGUCUCCUUAGACUCUUGUGGCCUACCGCAAUUUCUCAAUCUUCCUUUGUUUAUGAUGAUUUUGACAGUUUUUAGGAAUAUUGACCAGGUAAAUUGUAGGAUGCCUCUUGAUUGAAACUUGUCAUUAUUUUUCAUGAUUACACCAGGGUUAUGUUUUUUUUUUUUUUUUUCAAGGGUAUAUACUAUUAACAGGAUCUAUCACAGACAACGUUGACCUUGAUCUCCUGGCUCAGGUAGUAUUUGUCAGGUUUCUCAACAGUGAAUUUAACUAUUUUCCUUCCUCUGUCCCUAGAUUGUAUUAAAAGUGUAGGGAGUUGUUUCUUUUCAUUGCGUGUGAAAUAUCUAUAUCAAUUAUUUAACCGUGAAUUUUUUGUUCAUCUAUUAAUUAUCAGCAAUCAUUCACUGCCAUAUUCCUGAAUCUAGAAGAGUAGCAAAAUAAUAAUAAUAAUAAAAUUCCUAGUCACUGUUCAAUGAGUGUUUCUUGAAUUAAUGUAUAAAUUGAUUAAAAGCCAACUUAUUUCAGUUUUUUUUUUUUCCUGUGCUCUUGUCUUCAAGUUUGUUUUCUUAGGUUUUUUAAUUCUUUAAGUUAAAUAUUUAAUUCAUUUAUUUUCAGCAUUUUUUACUUUUUUUAAAUUUUUAAAAAAUGUUUAUUUAUUUUUGAAGAGAGAGAGCAUGAGUAGGGGAGGGUCAGGGAGUGAGGAGGAGAGAGAAUCCUAAGUAGGUUCCAUGCUUGUCAGCGCAGAGCUCAAUAUGAGGCUCAAUUUCAUGAACAGUGAGAUCGUGACCUGAUUCAAAAUCAAGAGUUGGGCACUUGACCAAGUGAGCCACCCAGGCACCCCUAUCCUUUCACUUUAAAAUAAAAACAUUUCAAGCUAUAAAUCUUCUUCUGAGUUUAGCUGCAUCCCAGUUUUGAUAUGAAAUAUACUUGAUUGUUAUAUUCAUAUUAAAUAACAUGUAUUAUACAUUUAUUGCAUUUUUGAUUCUUGGAUUAGUUAGAAGACUAUUUUUUAAGUUAAAUCCACUUAGAUUUUUGUGGAUUUUUUUUGUUCUUUCCUCAUUUGCUUCAAGGAAUGUUACUGUUUUCUUUGUGGCCACAUAGGUAAUCACUUUCUGUAAAUUUAUAUCCAAUAGACAUAAAAAAAGACUACAUUUUCUGUGUGUAAGGUACAAAUGACACAGUUCUAUAUACACAAAUAAGAUUUUUGUACUCAGUCUCUUUCUGGCUCCCUGUUUGAAAUAUUUAGAAUUUGGGUUUCAGAAUCUUACUGUACUGGACAUUAUAAUGUCAUCUUCUAUUUCAAGACAGAAAACUUUUUAACCCUUAUAUUAUUAGAAUUCACUGUGGUUAUUGUCAUCUCUUUGGAUUCCACUUUAACUUUUAGUUAUUCUUGGUAUAUCACUUUGGUUUUGUUUUGUUUUACCCUCUUUUCCCUCUAGCCACAGGACAUGAGUUUCCAUUGCCCUCUAGGCCUGAAAUGCUCUCUUCUAUAAAAUCCUGUGUCCCCUUAUUAUCUGAUAUAGCCCCUCUGCUGACAUCUUCCCAAAGUAUUUUACAAAGAUGAGUCAUAUGCAUACUGUUUUGUAACUUGGUUUGCUCUAGACCAGUAUGUCCAAAUACCAACCUCGUCUCUACCCAGGUGAUUUUUAGAGCACUCACACCCCCCCCCCCCAUUCCAAAAUAGACCCCUUGACUUAUAUGUCAGAAACUUGCUCUUCAUGCAUUCUUCUGCCCACUGAUGUUUCCGUUGUAAACCUAAAAUCCAGGAGUCAUCUCAGGUUUGAUUCCCUAUUCAAGGGAGAUGCUAGGGGCAGAGGGUGGUGGUACAGACCUGUGCACAGAGGGAGGUGCCCUCACAUCUUGGCUGUACCCUUUGAAGUGGAUCCUGGCAUCCUAUAGGUUUCCUUGUAGCAAAACCGUUGAAUCAUUGGCCUCAUUUAGAGUGUAGCUACAUUUUAUGGCCUCCUGGACUAUGAAGGUAAAAUUCACAAGGCCCAGAAAAUGUAAAUUACAAUAACGCCUUUCAUUUUCUUGGUCAAAAUGCUUUGAGUUGCAGGAAUGUUUUUAUUUUUAUAGCUCUAUCAAACAUUUUUUAUGGAGGUUUGCUCCUUCUUACCCCAGGCUUAAACACAUUCUAAAACAAGGCUUCUCAAACUGGCUUCUGCCUCAGAGCCACUCAGGGAUUUUUAUAGAAAUGCAGAUUCUGACCCAGGAGGUCUGGGGUGGGUCAGUCUUAUACAGAUCUAACAAGUUCCAGUACUGGGAAUAUUGCUAAUCCUGUGGACCACACUUUGAGUAGCAAGGACAUGAAGUCCUUCUGAAAAAAAAUUUUUUUUUGAGUUUGUUUUGUAUUUAGUUCCUGAGCCCCUCAAAAAAAAUCUCUGUAAUUGAUAAUGUUUCAUUUUUUUAAUGGAUUUUUUAAAUGUUUAUUUAUUUUUGAGAGAGAGAGAGACAGAGUAUGAGUCGGGGAGGGGUAGAGAGAGAGGGAGAUACAGAAUCCAAAACAGGCUCCAGGCUCCGAGCUGUUGGCCCACAGCCUGAUGUCGGGGGCUCAAACCCUAGAGCAGUGAGAUCACGACCUGAACCAAAGGCGGACACUUUAACCAACUAAGCCAUCCAGGUGCCCCAACACCGUGAAUAGGUGUUUCAAGUUUCAAACAACUUGAAAAUCCGUAUUAUUUAUUAGGCUUAGCUAUAAAUAUUUAUUUCAAAAAAUCAACUGAAUUUUGGAGAAUCAGAAUUUGUUGGCUCAGACAAGAUGCGAAACAAUAUGACCAAGAUGAAGUUCUAACAUGACGUGAGAUAGAGCUUGUGGAGUGGUCAACCCAUAGUCUUCCCAAGACUUCCUGGUUGCAGCACUCCAAGCUGUGCUUCUCAGGGAAUGCCUCAGUGUGGGGACACUCUGACAGUUAAUAGUGGCAUUAGAAGAACUCUUUUGUGACCUAGAACACAUCUUGUGCUCCCAAAGUGUUUAAAAGUCACAGUAUUCCUCAGGGUGCCUGGGUGGCCCAGUUGAUUAAGCAUUCAGCAUCUCUCAGUUAUGAUCUCAAGGUUCGUGACUUCAAGCCCCGUCUUGGGCUCUGCAUUGACACUGUGGACCCUGCUUCAGAUUCUCUGUCUCCCUCUCUCUCUCUGCCCCUCCCCUGCUUGCUCUCUAUCUCUCUCUCUCAAAGUAAAUAAACAUUUUUAGAAAAGGCACAAUACUCCCUGCGACAGUAUUGGUGUGUAGCUUAAACAAAAAUCAUUUUUCCUUAAUUACUCCUUUUAAGAGGUAAGCAGGCUUAGACCCUUAUCACGGGGACGUAGUGGGUUGCCCAGGGUCAUGUAAUAUUGCCUGAGGCUUCAAGUUCUUUAUCUGUACUCAUGGUGGGUACACAGUGCUACUCGCUCUCUAAACCCAAUGUGUAUUAAAUUGGAUUUUGAGUGAUUAGUUUUAUUUUGGAACUUCUCCUUAAGAUGACUUAUUAAAAACAAAAACCUGAAAACUUCUCUUUCUUCAAUUUUGUAAAGCUGUAUACCCCAGAGAUAAACCAGAUAUAUUUUCAAAAUUCUAUCUUUUGAAAGCUGAAUUUCUUCAUGGUUUACAUGUGGCAACAUUAGUCACAGUUGCUGGUUACUCUCCAUGGAAUUUUAGUUCUCUUACUACCUAUGAUAUUAAUAUUAUUUGAAACAUUUACCUCACGUGUGCUAGAAUUACCUAUAAAAAACAAACAAAGGCCAUAUAGUACCUCCUCCUUCUAGUGUGAUUGCAAGAUAAAUGACACAAAUCCAUUCUAAUUGGAUCCAGAAAUCCCUGGGCAUUUGGCAAUUAGUGGUAACAAUUGUUCCAUUAAUAAUGUAUAAUAUUUCUAAUGCCAAGUGUGUUGUGUGGUAUUAAGCAAAAAAAAAAAAAAAGGGUCUGAGAAAGUCUUGAUUUAAAAAACAAUCUUGAGUGUGGCAAAACUUCAGUUUUGUGAUGAUUCAACAUGCAGUGUGGAUUUAUUAAAGGCUGAAAUCAAACCGUUCUUCCAGACUGUAAAAGAGGGGUCUGGAGCAGUGUUCUGCUUAAAAUCAGUAACUCACUAAAAAAUGUCUUCAGCCACAACCAAGUAGUGGGCAUUAGAUACGGGUCAUCAGUUUUCACUGGAAUGGUGGCAAUGUCAGUUAGUAUUUGUCAAAACCCUAAAUACCUUGUAGUAAAAUAUUGCAACAACAGACUGUAAAUGUUUGCCUUCGAAACUCUUGGAGAAGUAAGUGUACAUGUGGACCUGGAAAAUUACCUGAGAAACUGACUAACAGAACUGCUUCCAUGCAGAGAUGCUCUUGAGCUUGGAACAUAUCCCAAAUUAGAUAUAUUGAGAUUGCCGAGCUGUAGUUUGAAAUUCACAUAUUCCAGUACUUUCCAUGGCAGCCUCUUAGGCUCCCCAGUGGUGGGAUCCUUUGACUGUUCAUACAUACAUGGGGGACUUUGUUCUCUGGAGCAUGAAGCUACAGUAAGAUUUGGUAGAAAAAAGACUGUGUGGGGCAUAUUUGUGAGCUGUGCUUGGAUGGUAAACUCAAACUUUGAAAAAAAUCCCAAAGUGAGUAGCUUUUGAGUCUUCUGAUCCCAGAUGGAGUUAAAGACCACAGUUUAGUAGUACUCAGUGGCUCUGCAGGUCUGUCUAUAUUAUGUAAAAUGUCAGGAAAUUUUGUGUUGGAAAAGUCAUGGAGCCAUUAGAAGGGUAUGUAACAGAUCUUGGUUUACCUGUGGCCAAGCCAUUUUGUCCCACAUUAAUUCCUUUGGCCGGGGAAAAAUGUUACUCUCUUACCUGAAUUCUUGUUUCCCUGGUCUUGAAAAUGGGUCGCAGGCAAUCUCCUUUACUAACUAGGUUUAUCUGCUAUUCCAGAGAUCUCAGGAAUCACUCAUAUUUACAACACUAAAGGGUCUACUGGCUGGAGUCAGUUUUCUCUCUUGAGACACCUUUUUCAAAUAUUUAGUCUUAGAAAUGGCUGAUGAUCAGACUCAUCAAGAAAAUAUAGGAAAUGGCUAUCCUGUUUGUUUUUAUAUUCUGAAUCUUCCUGUGGCACUUAUGUAAGUCACUGCCAGCCUGUAGAAUGACAGAUCUCCUUGUGUUGAAUUUAAGCUCCUUGAGGACCCAGGCCAGGCAUUCAUCCUUGUGACUUCCCAGAUCUAGUUUGGGCCAUCAGAGAGGUCUCCCUGAGUGCCGCCAUCUUUAGGAACUCUCUGGUCCCAUUCACUGCAUCUCUCAACAGCCAGCCUGUAAUGGAAGACAGUCCCGUGCUCUGUGCUUCAGCAUCAUAGCACACACCACACUGUCUUGUCUGUCUCUCCAAGUAGGCUCUGGGGAUCGGAUCUUUCACUUUUGUAUCUCCAGUGCCAAAUGCAGUAAGUGCUCAAUGCAUGUUGAAAGAAAUGAAUGAAUGGAAGGCUCUUGAUAAAGAAUAGUUGAAUUAAAUCAAACAGGCACACCCUUUAGCUAUCGCUGGGGUAGGAUUUAGUGCAGGUGAUGUAAUGUAACUUGACAGGGUAGUUAAAUAUUGACAGGCAGGAGGAAGCAUACUGGGAAUGUUCAGAAAGAGGAAAGGAAGGUUUGACUGUGGCUGUCAGAUCAAAGAGCUGAGGUGGUAAGGAGCCAAACUGAGUGGCUGCAGUGGUCCUGAUGACCCAGGAAGGUCAUUCGCUGGUUCACUUGGCUUCUGCUUCAGUAGAGGAAUACAUGGACUCCAAUAAAUAUAUUGAGCAUCUUCUAACUCAGCUCGAGGAACAACACAGAAGUCUAUGGAGGGAGAAGUUGGCCGUGGCCCGACUGCAGCGAGAAGUUGCCCAAAGAAGAAGUGAGGGGGCCAUGCAUGAGAAGCUGAUGCAUGAAUUGGAAGAGGAGAGACACUUACGUCUUCAGAGUGAGAAGCGGUUGCAGGAGGUGACACUGGAGUCUGAGCGCAACCGAGUUCAGAUGCGUGGUCUGCAGCAACAAUUCUCUAGGAUGGAAGAAACAGUGCGAAAUCUAUUGCAGAGUCAAGGGCCUCCAGAGCAGAAAAAAGAAGAAACUGUUAAUAUAAUGGUCUAUCAGGAAAAACUGUCAGAGGAAGAGAGAAAACACAAGGAAGCUUUGGAAGGUCUUCACAUGGUGGUGGAUGAGGAUUCGAGGAGUGAAAGCAGCAGUGUCGACGAUGGGAAAGAAAACACCAAACUGCUGUUGGAAAGAUUGAAAGCUCUAGAGGCAGAGAAUUCAGCAUUGGCUUUGGAAAAUGAAAAUCAAAGGGAACAGUAUGAGAGAUGUCUUGAUGAGGUAGCCAACCAAGUUGUGCAAGCUCUGCUCACUCAAAAGGAUCUAAGGGAGGAAUGUGUAAAGUUGAAAACAAGAGUGUUUGAUUUAGAACAACAGAAUCGAACGUUAAGCAUCCUGUUCCAACAGCGAAUCAGACCAACUUCUGAUCUGCUCCUUCAGAAACUUCACUCACGCAUCUUAGAUCUUUCAUCUGGAGAUUUGCUCUCAGACAUGGAAAGAAGCCGAAGUCUGACGCAGUCACGAACUGAUGUUGAGAUUCAUGAAUGCCAGCCGAAUGCAAAAUCAGGAGCCCCUGCUUUGAAAUGCCCUGGUUUGGGGAUCGUCAUCCCUGGUCAUCUCUGUCCUCGAAACAGCUGCAGCAGCAGUGAGCUGUCUCUUUCGAGCACCUGCAGUGAGAACUCCAGCGGCUCCUCCCACACAUGGCAUGAUGGAAAGAACCUCAGGAAAAGGAAAUCAUCACAAAACUGGGAUAAAAGGCUAAGUAUUGACUCUUCGCUCCCAAGUGGCUUCGCUAGUCCAACAGAUGAACUACCUCCCACUCGUAUCAAGGAAAGUCACAUUUUGGAAGGACUAAGAAAGCUACAGAAGCGAAAGGUGUUACUUGAACCCCCAUCAGUGAUAACAAAAUGGGGUUAUAAAGAUUGCAUGAACUCAAAUGAAGGAAUAUAUUCUCCAGGAAUUAAGAGUAGCAGCAUCAAGGGGUAUCCCCACUGCAAACCAACUGACACGAGGAGCCCCAGCAAGGAGCCCCAUGAGACAUUUGUCUAUGACACAGAUUCCCACGAUGAUGCUGAUGAGGACUCUUCCUCCUUAGCCUUGCUCCAGGCAGCUCCAAGUCAGGGCUGCAGGCUGCACAGUCAUAAAUUAACCCACAGUGUUUCUGACAGCCUAUUUGGCUGGGAGCUGAAUAGAAAACACUUUACAGAAGGCAUGUCCUCAGUUUACCCCAGGGAAAGGCCUGAGAAUCGGACCAGUUGUGCCAGCAACUGCCCCUUGGAGAGGAUGCUGUGCCCAAGUGUGCAGGCGCCUCAAGUACAGAGAGAGAGGGAGCCACGCGGUCAGGGCCGUGUGGCUCUCAGUCUACAGCUUUCAGACACCGAUGACAAUGAAGCCUUUGAUGAAUUGCACAUCGGUAGCAGUGACGAGAAAAGCCAUUCAGACUUGUCACUGACUGCUGACACUGACAGAUCCAUGGAGAAUCUGGACAUCCUUAUGGGGUUUGGAAAAUCUCAACUGGGGUCUCCUGAUGAGGAGGAAAAACAAGUGCCCAUCCCCUUAGAGAGUAGACCAAAGACGUUUAGCUUCAUUAAGCAGCAAAGGGUUGUAAAAAGGACUUCUUCAGAAGAAUGCAUUACCGUCAUAUUUGACGCGGAAGAUGGCGAGCCUAUUGAAUUCAGCUCUCACCAGACUGGCUUUGUCACUGUUACCAGAAAUGAAAUUUCCAUCAAUCCGGCCCCUACUGGACCCAAGGCAGAACACACUGAAAUUUUACCUCAGGGAAUGGCUCAUUUACAGCCAGGAGCUGCAGCAAGAGACUACACUUUCUUGAAGAGACCCGAAGAGGAAACUGAGAAAAACAUUCCAAAAGAUGACAUAGAUAAUGUUACUGUGGCACCCGCUGGCUCUUUCAGCCCCAGGACAGUCACACAAAAUACUCAGCGACCAAGAUCGGCCAAACCAACACUCACUGUGUCAUGCCAGAGUAAUUCUAGGUCUUCAGUGUCCAUGGGUAUCUAUCAGAAACAAAGUCUGACAAAAAUCCCUGCCAGGGGCAAGUCUUCACCUCAGAAAUCAAAAAUGAUAGAGCCUGAACUCUCCUCAAGAGUGCCCUCAUUGGGCCCAGUGUCUCUUGAAAAAUCACCAGCCUUAGCUCCUGGGAAGCUCUCACGGUUCAAGAAGACUGAGGGCCCAGCACCCCUUUUUGAUUUGCAGCCAGAUUCACACAUUCCAAAACACCCUGGCCAACUUCCUCAUGGCUCCAAAAUGUCCAGCAGAAAGGAUUGGGUCCAGUGCUCCAAGAGUCAGAUUCCAGCAUCACAGUUACUGCCAAGGCCCCUCAAUGAGCCAGGUGACAAUGGAGAACCCCCGACGAGGGACAAACACUGUGACCCUGGGCCAGAGGCAGGGAUGAAAUCACCUUCCCCCCCACCCCCUCCAGACAGGUCAGGCUCCCUUCUCGUCAGGCCCAGUUAUGACUAUUUGCCACCACCCUCAUCUGCCAAGCCCGACACCAGGGUCCCCAAUGAAACAGCAAGGACCAUAUUCAAAUCCCCACCUCUGAAGGGAUCCUCUGCUCCUAUUAUCUCUUCUAAUCAGAUCAUGACAGAAGUGCCAGGGAAGAAACCUUCUAUGGCCUUCAAAAAGCCUAUCUUCACUCACCCUCUGCCCUCCACAGAAAGAGUGAUUCAAACCAGAUGUUCUGCUCAUACCCCAACCAGCUCAUUUGCUGUGAUGGCCCCAGGGCCCCUAAAGGUCUCUCCAAAGAGAGGUGUCCCCAGAACCCCACCUCACCAAACGCUUGGGAUCACACAAGCAGACACAGGGUUACAGACUCCCAAGAAUUGUCCUUCAGCCCCUGAGCCACUGGAAAUAUCGUCCCCCCAAAGUGUGUCCCCAGGAAGAAAAGGACAAAUGAAUGACUGUGUCCCCACCUCACCCAAGCCUGCCUUCUUAGGGGCGAAUGAGUCACCAUCAUCUCAGGGUAACAGUCACUCAUCAUCACCCUCCUCCAAAAGCCAUAACACCCCACAUGGUUGUCAAAGCGCUCAUGAGAAAGGGCUGAAAACUCGCCUCCCGGUUGGGUUCAGAGUUCUCAUGAAAUCUCCCCAAUUGCUCAGGAAAAGUUCUACAGUGCCAGGGAAACAUGAAAAAGACAGUCUGAAUGAAGCCUCUAAAAGUUCUGUGGCUGUGAGCAAGGCUAAGCCAGAGGAUGCUGGGAAUCCAGUGAGCAUGGAGACCACAGUGGGAGAAAGAACUGUGACUCCACUGUGUUUUCAGGCACAAGGCAGUUUGGCUGAAGGGCUUCCCCUGGAAACGGCAAUGCCAGAGUCAUUGGAUAAUAGCAUCCUUGGGGCUGAUGGAAAAGAUGGGGUAGAAAACAGGGCUGUGAAAAGAUCCCUUUCCUCCAAUAAGCCACACUUAAAACCAGCUCUAGGCAUGAAUGGAGCCAAAGCCCGCAGCCAGAGUUUCAGUGCUCACUCGGGUGACAAGCCCCCUACUCCCCCCAUGGAAGGGCCAGGCAAAGUUCGAACUCAGAUUAUUACCAACACCGCUGAGAGAGGCAACUCCCUCACCCGACAGAGCUCCUCCGCGGAAGUCUCGCCCAACAAGACCCCUUCUGCUCCCAUGUCUGACAGUCUCCCCAGCGUGGGGAGGCCUCUGGGACAUCUCUCCACCAGGCAAGGCUCCCUAGGGAGUGCAGGCAGCAGCCCCAGUAGCCAGCAUGGGAGCCCAAGCAAGUUGCCUUUGAGGGUCCCUCCAACAUCUGAAGGGCUCCUUGCCCCCUGUGGAAUGGAAGACAAGCAGGGCUAUGCAGAGGGAGGAUGUCCCACCAUGGCUGUCCCUGAGGAACCAAACAGUGACCACUACACAUGCCCACCCGCCCCAACAGAUUGCCCACGAGCCCCGCAGAAUCUGGGGAGGACAGAGCAUCCACACAGUUUUGAAACAAGCAGGACCUCCAAGCUAGAAACUUCUGGAAGGUGUCCAGAUACUUCUACAACCAGGACUGGUGCUGUGAGCCCCGAAGCCCCCCUCUCACCCACAAUUGAAGAAAAGGUCAUGUUGUGCAUUCAGGAAAACGUGGAAAAGGGCCAAGUGCAAACAAAGUCCCCCUCUGUGGAAGCGAAGCCAAAGCCGGGGCCUUCUUUAGCCAGCUGGUUUGGUUUUCGGAGGAGUCGACUUCCAGCUCUCAGUAGCAAGAAAAUGGAUGUCUCCAAAACCAAAGUGGAAAAAAAGGAUGCAAAAGGUUUGGGGUUUGGAAACAAACAGCUAAAAUCGGAGAGAAAAAAAGAGAAAAAGAAGCCUGAGCUGCAGUGUAAAAUGGAAAAUGAGCUUGCCAGGAACACUAGGUUGGCACAGAGUCCGGACAAUAGUUUACAAAGCAAAAAUAAUUUGAAGACCCCACAAGACAUCUAUGACCAAACGAAGUUUGAACCAAGAAGUAGACCCAGCCCUGUCACAUGUUCAACGAAAGAUGCAUUUAUGACGGAACUUUUGAACAGAGUUGAUAAGAAAGCCGCUCAACAGACAGAAAGUGGAUCAAAUAAUGUUUCCUGCAGGAGUGUGUUAAAGGGCAGCUCCCAGGGUUCCUGCCUCACCAGCAGCUCUAGGAGCACUCAAGGAAACCACAAGAAAAACAUCAAAACCAAAGCCGAUGUGGAAAUACCGAAAAGCUCCCUGAUAAAAGAAGCAAGCGGAGACCUGCAAGAGGAUGAAGAUGUGAUCGCGGAGACCACAUUUCAGAGCCACAUCAUAGAAUCAAACUGCCUGAUGAGGACACUGGACAGUGGGAUCGGAACCUUCCCACUCCCAGACUCUGGAAAUCGCUCCACAGGGCGGUACAUAUGCCACCCAGACUCCCCAGAGGACACCGAACCCAUCCUGCCUCUCCAGCCAACACUUUGUGCAUCUUCCUCUAUCAGAGCUCAGACCCUUGAACGAGAAGUGCCUUCCUCUGCAGACAGCCAUGUCUCUGCAGAUAAUGCCAUUGUUCAUUCCACAUCCGACCCCAUCAUGACCACCAGGGGGAUGCGUCCUUUUGAAAGUCGCCUCCCCAAACCAGCCUCCUCAGGAAAAAUCAAUUCCCAAAAGCAGAAUGAAGCAGAGCCAAGGCCUCAGACCGGCUCGUCAUUUGAAUAUGCCGAAAACACAAUGGCAACUGAGCAGCUUCCAGACUGGGGCUGUGCAGCCCCCACGGCUGAGACCCAGAAAUUGAAACAAGUUGAAGAAACAAAAGAAGAUCCUGAGAAUAGAUUAUCUAAAAUUUCCCUGGAGUCAUUCAAUAAAUAUAACAGCAAAACUAUGAUUUUGUUAGAAAGAGAGAAGAACUCUCUAAACACGGUUGAAAGACAAAAGGAAGAAAAAGAAAAAACUGAAGAGGCAUCUUUGAGUAGCUCAGAUAGGCCUGGGGUAGACAAUUUGGAAUCCCUGAGUGAUUCUUUAUAUGAUAGUUUCUCUUCCUGUGCAAGUCAGGGUUCAAAUGAUGUAUAAAGGACUGUUUUUGUUGUUGUUGUUGUUGUUGUUUUUUCUUAGCUGAAAGUGGAGCACUUAAGAAACAGUUGUGUGGAGGGGAACAGAGAUGGCAACAAUAAACCAUGGCAACAACGGAGCCUCCAUUGUCAGAUUCAUAACAAGUAACCCACUGGAGCUUCCUUUUCUGACAGGGCAAUAGACUCCAUUUGUUGUGUUUCACCAAGAUUAGAUGUAAACACACCCACAAUGCAGAAGUCUUAAUUUUGCACUUUUUUUGAAUACUUGUACAGAAGUUGUAAAUUUUUGGAAAAGAAAUUAUAUUUGUAGCAAAAAAAAAAAAAAAAGACAGCAAUAAAUUGAAUCAGUGCCAUGCUCUUGAAAUGAUGUACUAAGUGUUAGAAGUUGAUAAUAUAUUUUUCAAAAUUUCCAGCUAAAGUGUUUUGUUGACUUCACUGUCCUAGUCCUCAAAUUGUUUGUGGGUACACUCUGUAAAGCUAAAACAGGGCCUGCCAAAAACCAGAGGGCUCACUGUCCUCUCCAACUCACAAUCUCAAUGUGAUAUAAACUUUAAUUCUAAUGCAAUUUCAAAAUUGUUACCAGGGAGAUUCAGGUUCUAGGAGUGAGUGUAAUUCUGCUUCCACUGAAAAAUGUAACAGGUACUCAAGUGUGACACUGAUGGGAAAGGAUGUGGAUCAGAAGUGACCUAAUUCUAUGUUCAACCACAGGUUUUCCCUCCAAACAUUUUCUUACAACCUCUUCUGCUUAGUGCUUCUCUAUGAUUCUCAACAGUAUUUGAUUUUUUAUCUUCCUGCUCUUUUUAUUAAAAUCUGGGGAAACUAGAAAUGAAAGCAAAUUCCUAUAUGUCAUGUUCACUUUUUUAAAAAUAAAAUGAAUUGCUGGUGCUACAAAAAAUUCUUACUUUUUAAGAUCUUUUUUUUUUCCCUACAAAGUCUGUGUAUAUGUGAGGAUAAAUUCUAUUUUAAAGGUUAUUUGUAUUUUUUCUAGAUGUGAAUUAUUUAUAAUUGCUUUUGUACAGGAGCUUGUAAAGUAGGCCUAAUAGAAAUAUUUUUAGGAUCUAUAUGGUUACUUCAGCACACGUUUGUAUGUUUAAAGAGUGUUGUAUAAUCAGUGUUAUUUGGUUAAUUUGUGCAAUUUGUUAUAUUGAAUUUUGUUGUCCUAAAUGAAAAUUAUGUAAAGUAUCAUUGUCUUUCAGACUUUGAAAAAAUUAUUUUGUUUCAUUUCUGAAUAAAAGUUCUAUCACAGUUGGCA